CAGGGGGAGGGAGCCGGCAGCACCGUGAUGGCGGACGGGAAGCCGCCGGGCGGCGCGAAGGGGAGGCCCGGCCGGCGGCGCGCCGGAAAUAAACGGUCAGCUGCUCCAAAAAAUGAAGAUGCUGCUCAGAGGAAAGCAGCCCUGGAAGCUUCUACUAGAAAAAAAAUUGAAUUUGAGAAAAAAGCACUGCAUAUUGUUGAGCAACUCCUGGAAGAGAACAUUACUGAAGAGUUCCUUCUGAAUUCUGGAAAAUGUAUUACUCCAUCUCACUAUAAAGACAUUGUUGAUGAACGGUCUAUCAUCAAGCUAUGUGGUUACCCUGUAUGUCAAAAUAAGCUGGAAAAUGUGCCAAAACAGAAGUACAGGAUUUCAACAAAAACUAACAGAGUUUAUGAUAUCACUGAAAGAAAGUGCUUUUGCAGCAACUUUUGCUAUAAAGCAUCUAAAUAUUUUGAAGCUCAGAUUUCCAAGAGUCCAGUAUGGAUGCGAGAAGAAGAAAUACCAUCAGACAUAGAGCUGCUGAAGAAGGGGCAGAGUGGUCAAUCUGGAGAAGAGGUGAAACUAUGUGAUGAAGUAAUUAAAGCUUCUGACAUUGAAAAUCCUAGGGUAUCUUCAAAUCCAUGUGAACCUGCUUCUUAUGGCACAGCCAGUGACAGCAGUAGUGAUACCGAACAGGAAUUUGUUUCUUCCGUUCUACCAGGAAGUCAGUCAAGUUCAGCCAGUCUUGCACAGCAACUGCACAGAAACAGCAUCCUCAAGAAGCAGCACAUUCAGAAAGCUUAUUCCAGCUCUAAAUCUGAAGGCUCAAGUGUGGUAGAAGUCACUGAACGACUCUCUAAUUGUAAAUUAAAUGCUCAGGAAGAAAUGCAUGCUUGCGCUGUUCAAGAGAAAAUAACUGCAAUACCCUCAAAAAAUACUACUCCAGGAAAAUCAAGUGUUUCUGAAAACUGUGAAAAUACCUGUAGCAAUUCACAGAUAGUCUUUCUAGGUGUGAGCAAAAAAGGAGCAGAAUACCUUAAAACACUAGCUAACUCAAAACAACAUGAAAAAAUUGAACUGAGGGAUUCAGUUCCUUCCUCAGCUGCCAAAAGCAGUUUAUUAGAACUGCUUAAGCAAACACUUACAGAAUGGAGAACUGAGGAAACCUUAAAAUUUUUGUAUGGUCCAAACUACACUUUAUGGUCAUCAGAAUGCCCAUUAUCUGCCAACCAAGAAAAUGAAGAACUCGAUGAGGAUGACUUAGAUACACCUGAAGAUCUUAAUGCUGCUGUAGGGAAGUUUGAAAACAGUCUGAACUAUUCCUUACCUUUUAUGGGCUCAGGUGAAACAGUUAAGCCUGUGCCUAGUUAUGAGAAGUUAAAAGAAGAAACAGAAUUCCUACAACUCCGAGUAAGAGAGUUCUACAAAGGAAAGUACAUCUUGGCUGAAGAGGAGUUAGCACAUACACAAACAGAUGAACAUUCAAGUACAGACAAAAAUGAUCAACAGCAAGACCUCAUGUUCCCACUUGUUGAUUCAAAUGCACAAAUGCAGAUUAGGAAGCGAAUUGUCCUCGAAAAACUGAGAAAAGCAUUACCUGCAGUUUUAGGCCCUCUUCAGAUUAUGCUAGGGGAUGUUUACACAGAGCUAAAAAAUCUUGUCAAAACUUUCCGGUUAACAAACAGAAAUAUUAUUCACAAAAUGCCUGAAUGGACUCUAAUUGCUAUUGUUCUGUUAUCUGUAUUGUCACAAAAUAUUCCAGUUUUUAAAAAUACUCAGAGAAGCCCAGCAUACACACAGUUCCUGACCACGUUACUUGAAGAACUCCAUUUCAAAAGUGAAGAUCUGGAAAGUUUAACAAGAAUAUUUAGAGUAAACAGCCCACCUGAAUGAACAAGGUGAUCAUCGUAACAUCUCCCACUACCUGAAAUAGCUGCAUGGAGAAAAACAAACACCUUCAGUUGUUGGAAUGUCUCUUUCUUAAUGAAAAAUAAAAUUAAGUAUUCAUUGUACUUCUUGCACUUUUGCUCUCUCAUUUAUUUCUUAGAAUAAGGAUUGUGAAGUCUUUGCAGAAGCUGACUCUGUAACAGCAGCUGCUGAAGGUAUGCAUGAAAACUAGUUAAAAUGGGGACGGUCUGAAUACUUUCUAUUUAAAGGCAGUAGAAAGGAAUCCAGAUUAUUGGCUUGCUCUUAGUUUGUUUUGGACAUUUUUAGCCAAAAUUUACCUGCAGGAAUCGGAGGGGGGAAAAAAUUAGCUUGGGGAGUUAGAAACACUGCUGCUGACAUUUUUCCAUUUGACUCAGUGCAUGGAGCGGUAUUCUUUAAGAAUGAUGAAAAUGGUACACAAAGAUACCUGAUCUGC